AUGUCAUUUAAUCGAGAGUUUUUCGAUGAGAGAUGGUCCCGGCACAGAACAGUGACCUGCUUGGACUGGUCUACACAGGUACUUGUAACAGAUGCAGUAGUGUUGACCUUUUAAUCCCCGAGAUCCACAUACAAAUUCUCUAGACUGAUCUACAAACAUUUCGUUACAGAAUCAGUUGAGAGAAUUUGAUAAAAGAUCAAAGCAAUUUCAUUUUGGGGAUCAUAACUCAUAACUUUUUUGCUGGAUAAUGUAUUGAUGUUACAUGUAGAAGAAAGUUGAUUAAGACUGGUUAGUGAUUUAAGAUUUGUGAUUUACCAUCAACCAACACCCCUGCUGAUUGUAAAAUGAACAAGUGAAAAAUCAUUCUAAAAGCAGCAAGUGUAUCUAUUUGCCGGUAAAUCACACACAAGUAGUCGCUAACUCUAUAGAUUUGCAAACUGGGUGAUUUGAAUCACAACAGUGACAUUGUAAAACGCUGAGAAGCAAGUAGUACCAUAGCACAAUGUCAAAGUGCUGCCAAAAAUGUUUCAUUCACAGACCCAAAGGUUAGAACCACCUUACAAGACGUUAUCACUCAUUUUGGGGGUAAAACUGUCAUUGAAGUCUUAAGGCAUGAUCUUCUGUGCCUCAGGCUUACUGGAUCUUUUUAUGAAAUGUUGGUCAUAUUGUUUUAAGUCCUUCUUUUUUUGUCUGUUGUUUUUUAGUACCCAGAAUUGCUAGUAGCUUCAUAUAACAACAAUGAAGAUGCCCCCCAUGAACCAGAUGGUGUAGCACUGAUAUGGAACAUGAAAUAUCAGAAAGAAUCCCCUGAGUACAUUUUUCACUGUCAGGUAAGCAGAAUCACUUCUUCUGAUCCACUGCCUUUCUUGUACACAGGACUAGGGCUAUGGUUGAAUCCCUGUGAAACUAACUUUCCUGGGAAAUCGUAAAAGGGUCACGUUUUGGUGGGGAUGCUAACAAACGAAAGUAAACCGAAGAGAAGUUAAGAAAAGUUUAACCUGGGAAAAAAACCGACAUUUUGCGAGGCAACCAAUGGUUUCCCUACAAAGUGAUGUCUGAGAAAUUCACACAUAGAAAUUCCAUACUAAUGACAUCACUACCCAGAUCUGGGUAGUGCUUCUGAUUGGUCAUGUCACAUGGUAAAUUUGCUUCAAACAAUCAUCAACACUACCGAGAUCUGGGUAGUGAUGCAUCAUCAGUAUGGAAUUUCUGUGCUUGUUUAUCACCACCGUCAUGGUGCUCUUUAGUUUACAUGUACGAUUGCAUGUAAUAUGUCCUUUUAAUGUAUUUACUUUUUGCUGUGUUGUUAAUCGGCUGUCAGCAGAGAUUUCAUAAUCGAUCAUAAUUGGAAAAACUUGUAAUCAGAUUGACCCACCUAAUCAAUCAAUCUGCAUUGUAUCUUUGUACGAAUUCCACUUAGGACAGCUGCUGUACCAUGUCUUAAAGCUGAUUUAGAUGGCAUGAGUUUUGCUUACGACCAUUGUACAUGAUUAGCAUACGUCAUGACUUCAUGAUAGAUCAUGUCAUGUAAAUUAGACGCACAACAUUUGUUUGACACACGUGGAUGUUGUCGGUGAAAAUUGUGUGCAUGUGGAUUUUCGAAAGUCAAUGAUUGGCGCACCACUGACUCUUUUUACAAUAACGUUAAUACUUGUCACAACUCACUGAAUUGAAUGUAUUUUUUUUACUUUAGUCAGGUGUGAUGUCAGUAACAUUUGCCAAGUUUCAUCCCAAUCUGAUCGUUGGUGGAACAUACUCUGGUCAGAUAGUGUUGUGGGACAAUCGAAGUAGUAAAAAGACCCCUGUUCAGAGAACUCCUCUGUCUGCAACUGCGCACACAGUAAGUUAAUACUCUGGGCCGGGUUGUUCAAAGCUGGGUUAAACUAACCCAGGGUUAGUGCGAAACUUGAAUUCAGCUAUGAUGAAAGCUUAAAAAGUAAUCCAGCUUAAUUCUUUUUGUCUACAAUUUGAUGAUUGGAUGCUCCAAAGAAAAAGGGGAAAAUUAUCAGAGAAAAUGCAUUUUAGCAAAAGAAAAAGAAACUUGGUUUUUAAUUUUAAUUUUAAAAAAUUUCGAGUUAUCACUAUUCUGCCUUUGAACAACUGGGCCCUUGUGUUAACAGUAUCUGUAGGCCCUCUGCAGCUCGGUUUUACGUGACCUAUCUUAUGACAAUAUUCUGGAAUACAACCCUAAAAUUACUAGAGAUUGAAAGAACAUUAAAUAAUUAUUAUAGGAAAUUACAAGGGCAACUUGGUCAAGGCGAGUCAAUCAGAACAUGUGUGAGCACUGUCGGCUCAGGCAAAGGGGUCAAAUGUUUUCUCACAGAAACGCUUGCUAAAGUUGACUUGGCUAGACAUAACCCGUGUGGUAACCGGUCAAAUCGCCCGAAAGUCAUCUUGCCUGUAAACCGUAAACCGUGAUUACAGGGUUUGAACAGUCCUGAAAAGUCCUUGAAUUUUAGGGGAAGUCCUUGAAAAGUCCUUGAAUUUUCUUCAACUUUGAAUGUUGUGGCCUGGAACGAAUUUUUUUAUGCUUUUUGGUUGUCCAAGGAGAAUAUAAAUCAUAGCCCAGAGAAUUAAAAGGUUAUUUACAUAAAGUGCUCUUAUUAAAAUAAACUGGGAAUGUGCAUUUUUGUAGAAUCUGUGAAAUUAUAUUCCUAGUAGGUGGUCCUUGAAAAGUCCUUGAAAAAUGGUUGCAAUGUUUUGUAUGAACCCUGUGAUUACUCCUUAGCAUUAUAAGAAGUAGCUUGAAUCUGAUCACCAUGCACAUGCCCAUGUUAUUUUCACAGCAUCCAGUGUAUUGUGUGAACGUGGUUGGAACACAGAAUGCUCACAAUCUGAUCAGUGUUUCUACUGAUGGCAAGAUGUGCUCCUGGAGUCUUGACAUGCUCUCUCAGCCCCAGGUAAAAAGCUGAUGAUCUCUCACUUCCUUUCAAUUAGUUAGAAGUGUAAUAUUUUCCCAGGGGGAUACCCCGGAUACGAUACCCCGGAUACGAUCAUCCCCGGAUACGGGGAUGAUCGAAUGGGGACAAAAAUUAAAACCCAAAAAAAUCCCUAGGGCUACCAACAUAACCCAAAAAAAUCCCUGGACCAAAACUUAACCCCCAAAAAAUCCCAUGCCGAAUUUUCGAGCCUUAAAAAAUUACAGAAAGCAUUAAACUAUAUAACACGUUGUUCCUUAUUUGGUUAUACUUUAUUCGCAGAACUACGCGGCCGGGAUAUUCAGGCACUACCAGGAAUCUUCACAUUGUUUUAAAUGCCCAAAAAAUUCCGGAAUCGAAAAUUUCAAACCCAUAAAGAUCCUUUGAUCAUCCACGUCACUUGAAAUCCGGGGUACCCCCCCCCCCCUUCACCCCAACCCGGAAAUAUUUUAAACUGAUUCCUGUAAGACUAGAAUUCCGAAGAAAUAAUUAAGUCUGUUGUUUUCAAACUGGAAAUUAGAAUGAAAGUUCAUAUCCUAAACGGGCGCUAAAGUCGCUAAAGUAGUGCUUGAUCAAAAAAACGAAAUUAUUGAAAAAGGUUCGUUGGGCCCAUGAGCGCCUCCCCCAACUCCUAUCCUACCAAAAGACGUUUUUUCUUUGCUUUUUCCGACGCGUUUGUGAGCGAAACGUGGGAGCGAGCGCAGAGUGCGAGAACGAGCGUGAAACGCCAGAAACGAAAGACUUUGUUUUCCUUUCCUCACCCCAGCCCGUUGCGCUGGCGGUUCUCGCCAAACCCCUUUGUAGAAUGACGACGGCUAUCACGCAGUUUUCCCGCCAAAAUGACGUUGAUUCACGUGCGCUACUCGUAAUCGUACUCGUCUUAGAAUCUAAUGGUCUCUUAUAAAUCCCUCGCUCUCGCUCGUCGAUCUCUGAAGAGAAAAUAGAGGGUCUGUGAACAGGCUACCCAACUCCACCCUCGCCCAUCUACUCCUACUAAUGCUUAUGUGAUUUAAUUGAAUAAGUAUUUAUGCAGGGUAAAAAUUUCGUCAGUAAUAAAAAAAAGCCGGAAAAUCACAAACCGUAGCACUGCAAAGUAACGUGGCUCUUAUACAACGACAUCAAGCAUAUGAGAUGGUUACGAUGCGAAGUUGGAUUAAGACUGCGACAACAAAUAAGACAGUCUUAAAAACGAUAGUAACAUGCUGCCAGGGGCCAUCUAUGGCUUACCUCACAAUAUGUAAAACAAAUAGUUUAAAAUUCAGGUUAAAAAUAUACGCACCCUUCUAAAACCUACCCCACCCCCACCCCCACCCGAUCCCCCUCCGCUUUCAAUAGGCCUCUGGAAAAACAAAACAAAAUACAUUCGUUUAUAAACACCUCGCAUAUAAGCCUCCCUUUACCUUUCCUUGAAAUAAAUUCGAUUUAUUAUGAUCUUUGGAAGCUCAAUUAAAGACCAGUAACUUCAAAACGUAUUUUGAUCAGCAUCACUACAGUUUGUUUCAGAGCAGUUUUUCUAUUCGCGUUUUAAGGCUCCUCGGGUAAAAUCCCCUCCCUUUAUAAGCUCUCCUAAAACUUCUUAGGAAGAUGUAUAAGCUAGGGCUUUUAAAGAGCAGUUUACGUUAUUAGCGUGGAGGUAUUAGAGAGGUUAAGCAUCACAUUUACUUCAAACGGCAAACGCAAAUUUGUACCACGUGACCAAGUUUCCCCAUUCUUGUCGCCUACUGUUCAUUAUUUCUACACACAAAUUAGUAGUUUCAGGCAAUUUUUUAUCCAUAUGACUUUUCUGGGCUGUUUUUAUCUGCUCAUUUUCUAUUUUUCUGCUUGAAUCUGACGUUUGCCGUUUGCCGUAUACGUGAAGCUUAAACUCUCUACUGUUCGUGGCCAACUAAUGGUUUGCAUUUCAAUGAUUUCAGGACAGCAUGGAGCUUCAGUACAAGCAAUCCAAGGCAGUAGCUGUGACAAGCUUGUCCUUCUUAGCCGGCGAUGUGAAUAACUUUGUAGUCGGUAGUGAAGAGGGCUCUGUCUACACAGCCUGUCGGCAUGGAAGGUAGGUAACGCAGUGGCUUGAUUUGUAACCUGCAGAAGCGGCGCUGUUUUUUUUGGCGUUUUUCGGGCGAGCGAAGAACGAAGCGGGCGUGGAGCGCGCGACACACGGGACACACGCGACGAGGAAAGGCGUGGAAAAAUAACUUUUAAUAAUUUUUUCUGUGCUCCCUGUUGCGCGCGUCUCGCGCCUUUUCUUCUUUUCGCGCUUACCUUCGCAAGCCUGCAAAACGCGAAAAAAUAACGUCCGCGGGCUUUAUCUUUUGCUUCUACAGUGGAACCCCGUUAAUGCGGUCACCAAUAGGCCAAAAAAAUUGACCGUACUAACGGAUGACCAUAUUAACGAGGGAUUUUUUACAAGAAAAUGUAUGGCCGUUUUGCCAGGCGGCCAAAAAAAGUGGCCUUAAUAACGAGGUGGCCUUAAGCCGGUGUUUCACUGUACUUGCUUCCGUAGGCGUUUAAGGACGCGUUUAUUUCAGAAAAUCUCAAUUGAGAUUCCAAAAUCCAAACCUGGGUUUUGAGUUCCUUCACUGAUCCAAAAGUAGAUUUUGCGUUUCUGUACUAAAAUCCAAGAAAGGAUUUUGCGCUUUCCGAAAUGUUUGAUGUCCUUUGAUAUGCGCAUGUUUUACGCUCUGGUCAGCGGUACCUAUAAACGUUAUCAGGAAUCGAAUCAAAUUUAUUUCCCCCUGCAUCGCUAAAAUUUGAGAACUUUAGCCAUUUUCCUGGUUAAAAAGGCCAAACGAUUUGUAUCCUUGUAGUUUUAGUGUUAUAGAAUGUUGCUUGGCUUCUCAACGCAGCAAGCUUAUACUUUAAAAGGUUAGGAUAUCAUGCAGUAUGAUUUGAGGCCGUGGUUUAAUUGAACAAUAUAAAAAUUAUUUCUCCACUUUUCUCAUUUUAUAGUAAAGCUGGCAUCAGCGAUAUAUUUGAAGGUCAUUAUGGUCCAGCGACAGGUAUUGAUACGCACUCCGCGGCUGGACCUAUCGACUUCUCCUAUCUCUUCUUAACAUCGUCAUUUGAUUGGACCAUCAAACUCUGGAGUCACAAGGUAAUCAGCGGCUGUUGCUACAAAAGCAUGCGCACUGCGCCGAUUUGCGCGUCAGAGUGGGUCGCUGUGGUGACGAAUUGCAGUGUGGGGCUGUGUUGGGGACGCUAUCUCUUCUUCUAUUAGAGAGCUUUAGUUUCUAAGACGAGGGCGACUGCGAGAUCGAGAUUUUCUCAGUACUAAGGGUGCGUUCGACUGGGAAAUCUGGAUGUAGAUUUUCGGAUUUCGGAUUUGCAAUCGACCGCGAAAUCCGAUGCUGAGAUAUCUGUUUUUGGAUUUCCUUUUUGCCGUUCGAUUGGAAAAUCCGGAAAAGGAUUUGAAAAACUGUCCUUAAGAACAGCGGUCUUGCACGCGCCCGCAUAAUUAGCCAAUGGAAGACUGCUGUUUACGAGAAUAGUUUUGCAAAUCCUUUUUCGGAUUUCCCAAUCGAACGGUAAAAAAGAAAUCCAUGAAAUCCGGAUUUGGAUUUCUUAAUUGAAAGCCACCCCCAGGACAGAUUUCUCGGAGGUAAAAUCUGUUUUUGGAUUUCGCGUUCGAUUGCAAAAUCCGAAAUCUGGGUUUCAAAAUCUAAAUCCGCAUUUCCCAUUCGAUCGCAACUUAAGUAGCGCACGCGUGAACCAGCGUCAUUUUGGCGGGAAAACGCGAUUGCCGUCGUCAUUCUACUUUUGGUAUUAGCGAAAAUGUCGUAGUGAUGGAAACAAGUUAUGAAGUGUUAAAAGUUUCAUCAUUUUGCGAUUGGAAGAGGGCCAACCUCCUUCAUUAGAAAAUUCUGUUCUUGGGUAUUUUACGACAUUAAAUCUGCGACGUUUCUUGAAUCUAUGCUUGCGUUAUUCAGAACCCUCGGCCACUGUAUUCGUUUGAAGACAAUGGCGAUUACGUGUAUGACGUACAGUGGUCACCAAUCCACCCUGCCUUAUUCGCGGCUGUGGACGGCACUGGAAGACUGGACCUGUGGAACCUUAACAACGAUACUGAGGUACAAAUUUGAACUAUAUUUCGUUUGAAUGCACGUGAAACACGUGUAUUACUCCCACCCAAUCUCCAUCACUUUGCUCCCUUGCAGGUACCAACAGCAAGUACACAUUCCGAAUCAAUGACGUCACUGAACCGUUUGCGGUGGACGCAUUCAGGGCACCAGAUUGCCGUGGGUGACGAUGAUGGUCACGUGUUCAUUUAUGACGUUGGGGAGGUGAGAGAACUCACGAAAAAUGUUAAGUUAUCGAGAGUCGAAUAUAAGAAAGUUCCCGCUCAUUCAGUAUUUAUUGCCAGGGGGAACUGUCUCGAAAUUUGUCUGGGAAACUGCCCACCUACCCCUUCCCUAAGCCAACAUCAACACUUACUUCUAACUUAGGGUAAAAUGUUGGCUUAGGGGAGGAGUAGGUGGGCAGUUUCCCAGAAACUUAUAAUGAUCCCAGACAGUGGGAACUGCCACCAAACUAAGUGAACAUAAAAAUAACUACUCAGAACAUGAAAAGAAGGUAUAAAUAAUGCAGCAAAUACAAAAGGAGAAGGAAGAAGAAGAUUGAAACGGAUUGGAAUGGUGGCUUUUGCGCGGAAAACGUGGUAGCCUAACAGAUGUUAAAAGUUCAUUUUUGUUUGCUGUAACAGUUGGUAAUUAUAAUACUUGGGAGUACAUUAUUAUUUGUUUGACACGAAGCUGUGGUUACGAUCCGACGACGCGAUGGCAACGAAACGUCAAGAGAACCGAAUAGUUUUGGAUUAGAAGGCAAAACAACAACUUUGCAGAUGCAUCACACUUUUUUGUACAUUUCUUAAGCGUUUUUGCACCACCACGAAGUGCAUUUGCCUAAUUUCGUGUUUUAUUGAGACCGUAAACAAGCAAUGACGAAAUUUUAUUUCGCUUUCUGAACUUGAAUAUGGUCCCUUGGAAUUCAAGUUCAGGAGGGUUCGCGUACAUUUGACAAAGUACGUAAGAAGAAAUAAUCGCCGUAAAGACUAAAAGAACGCAAAUUCACUUUCUAAGCGACGUUCUCGUUGCCGUCGCGUCGUUGGAUCUUAAAGUCCAUUGUAGCGAAUAUGGACGCGUAUUUGGUAAUAGAUCGUUUUUACUGUCACGCAACAAAAAAAUAAAUUGAAAACCGCCCAGUGAAAGAAGCCAAGAAAAUGAUAUGUUAUAAAAGACUAAUUUUUAAACAAUUUGUCCAAGUCUCAGGUCUUUUUGGCCCACAGUUUCUGAGUUAUUUGCCAAGACGUUUCACGCAUCUUUGAGGAGCUUUGUAUGGAGACGCCAUAUUGGUGCACAGUGUUGGUGCACCAAUAUGGCCGCCGAAAAUCAACAAAAACAUCUGCAGUUCACUUGUUCUAUAAAAGCUCCUUCUUUUCACUCGAGAACUAGCCUACGUACCCAUAAACAUAUCUUCUAAUACUUGAAAUGGUUAUACUGCUGAAAAUCAAGAGGAGAGACUUUUUUCCAACGAGACAGCAUUCCUAUUUUGGUGUCACGCACUCUGAAAACUCGAAGUUCAAAUCGCUGUAUUUUCGAAAUGAAACAUGCUAUGGGACUGAAAACUUGUACAAAGAUUAAUUUUUUGUUUAUCUUCAACCUAGUGUAAAUAAGCAUUCGUAAAACCUCGCUAUUUUGACUUUACAAUUUGAUGACGUCACUGUGAAAACCAUCUAUAUUCACAAAAUGAACUAGACCACCGUGAUACUGCAGCCCUUGUAUCUCCUCUACUGUCCAUGUUUUACUCGUGUUGACGAAAUAAUGAUCUCUUGCUUUUUGUUUUCCUUUCAGCAACUUGCGGUGCCGAGACCUGAUGAGUGGUCCAGAUUUCAAAACACUGUUCACGAAAUUCAGGCUAAUGCCUCGUCUAACAUCGGUGAAUUCGGUUCACCAAAGAUGUCUCCCUCUAAGAUACCAUUCAGUUAA